AUGUCCUCAGAGUACGACGUUCUCGUCACUGGCUCAGCUGGUCAUCUGGGCACGGCUCUAAUGCUUUCCCUGCCUUCGAUGGGCUACAAACCUCUGGGGAUCGAUAUCCUCUCCUCUUCAACCACGACAGUCGUGGGGUCAGUCUGCGAUCGCACUUUCAUUGCAUCCAUAUUCCGCGAAAACCCCAUCAAGCAUGUGCUCCAUACGGCGACAUUGCAUAAGCCGCACAUAUGCAGCCAUACCAAGGAGGAAUUCAUUUCAACCAACGUUGUGGGCACUCUGACCCUUCUUGAAGAAUCUUCCAAGUUCAAGGACAGGAUUGAGAGUUUCGUUUUCUUUAGUACAACCAGCGCCUUUGGUACGGCUCUAAAUCCGAAGCCCGGCUUCCCCGCCGCUUGGAUCGAUGAGUCUGUCGUACCCCAGCCAAAGAAUAUCUAUGGCGUAACAAAAGUCGCAGCCGAGGAUAUGUGCGCGCUGGUACAGAAGGAAAGCGGAAUGCCCGUUCUAGUUUUGCGAACAAGUCGCUUUUUUCCAGAGGAAGACGAUGAUGAAGACCGUCGUACGGCCAUGAGUGAUGAGAACUUGAAGGUUCUGGAACUAGCCUACCGCAGAUGCGACAUUGAAGAUAUUGUCAGUGCAUCAAUCUGCUCAAUGAAAAAGGCCAAGGAUAUCCGAUGGGGAAAGUAUAUCAUAAGCGCUCCACCGCCUUUCAAUAAUGAUGAAAGCACGCUCGAUGCGUUAAAUCGAAAUCCUGCUGAGGUGGUUGCGAAAGCCUUCCCGGAAGUCGACGCUAUUUUCAAGCAGAAAGGGUGGAAGCAUCUUGCGAGGAUCGAUCGGGUGUAUGAUUCCAGCAAGUCUGUGAGAGAGCUAGGGUGGCAUCCGGAAUAUACCUUUGGAAAAACGUUGGAGAGGUUGGCGCGUGGCGAGCAGUGGAGGAGUGAUCUAACUGCUAAGGUGGGUAAGAAAGGAUAUCACGCCGUGAGCACCGGAGUGUAUACCAAGAGAUGA